AUGGGCGGCGGACCUGAGCAGGGCUACCGUACGGUUGCCUACUACGUCAACUGGGCCAUCUACGCCCGCUCCCACAAACCCCAGGACCUCCCCGCCGACAGCCUCACCCAUGUCCUCUACUCGUUUGCCAACGUCCGCCCAGAGUCGGGCGAGGUCUACCUCACCGACACCUGGGCCGACACCGACAUCCACUGGGACGGCGACUCAUGGAACGACUCGGGCACAAACCUCUACGGCUGCCUGAAGCAGCUCAACCUCCUCAAGAAGAAGAACCGCCACCUCAAGGUCCUCCUCUCCGUCGGUGGCUGGACCUACAGCAGCAACUUCAAGCAGCCCGCGUCCACGCCCGAGGGCCGCGGGGCGUUCGCCUCGUCCUGCGUCGACCUCGUCAAGAACCUGGGCUUCGACGGCAUCGACAUUGACUGGGAGUACCCGCAGAACGCCCAGGAGGCCGCCGACUACGUCUCUCUGCUCCAGGCGGUCCGCGACGCCCUGGACGCCUACGCCGCGACCCUCCCCUCGAGACCACACUUUGAGCUCACCGUCGCCUGCCCCGCGGGCGCGCAAAACUACGAGAAGCUCGACAUCCCCGGCAUGGACCGCCUGCUGGACUUUUGGAACCUCAUGGCCUACGACUACGCGGGCAGCUGGGACGCCAACGCGGGCCACCAGGCGAACCUGUUCCCGAGCAGCGGCAACCCGGCCUCGACGCCGUUCAGCACCGACGCCGCGGUCCAGCACUACGUCUCGCGCGGCGGCGUGCACCCGUCCAAGCUAGUCCUCGGCAUGCCCCUGUACGGCCGGGCGUUUGAGAACACCGACGGGCCUGGAAAACCCUUUGCGGGAGUCGGCCAGGGCACGUGGGAGAAUGGGGUGCACGACUACAAGACCCUGCCGAAACCGGGCGCCCAGGUCCACACCGACGACGAGGUCGUCGCGAGCUACUCGUACGACCCGGCCACGCGCACCAUGGUCACCUACGACACCCCCGCCGUCGCCGCGAGAAAGGUCGAGUACAUCAAGCAGAAGGGGCUGGGAGGUGGGAUGUGGUGGGAGAGCAGCGCCGACUUCAAGGCCGACUCGUCGGACAGCCUCAUCGCCACGGUGGUGCAGAGGCUCGGUGGCCCCGAGGCGCUGGACAAGUCGACCAACUGCGUCGAGUACCCGCAGAGCAAGUACGAUAACCUGCGCAGCGGGUUUGCCUGA